AGGACCUUGGAGAGUUCUCCCACAGCAGCGAGCGCACACAGCCCGUCUUGAAGAGGAAACCCCCACAGGAGCUCUAGCUGCCGGAUACCUGAGACAUCUCAAAUCAUCCUUCUGACCGACGAGCGCACGGCGCGCCGCGGAAUGCGCAGGACCGACCGACUGUCCGCUGGACGAGGGCGCGCGGUCAAGCCAUGGGUCCUUCUUCAGCACCUUUGAGUUCUUAAUGCAUUAUGAUGUUCUAAAGUGAUAGAGACCUCUGGAAAUCCUUUGAAUUCUCCUUAAGGCAGCGUCUGUAUUGGAAUAAACUAUCAGAUGGUGAAUUUCUCUGUUCAGAUGGAUGAUUUGGUCAGAUUCCUCAUUCAUCGUGAUGCGCGUUGCUUCCGUUUCAAAGUGUCUUAUUGACUGACCGCGGAUCAAUUUUUGGACGUGGGCUGACGGCUGGAGAGGAAGAUGACAGCUCUCAGCCCAGUGCUGUUCCUGCUCUGCGGUGUCUCUGUGUCUCUGACUCUGAAGGUGGUGUCAAAGAGAGGCUCAGUGGACGGCUGCACUGAUUGGUCCGUGGACUAUCUGAAGUACCAAGUGUUACACGGAGAGCCCGUGAGGAUAAAGUGUGCUCUUUUUUAUGGUUAUAUUAGAGCCAACUACACCCAGACACAGAGCAUUGGACUAAGUCUGAUGUGGUACCGGAGUUCUGGGUUGGGACAUGGUGACUUUGAGGAACCCAUCUCCUUUGAUGGGGUACGCAUGAGCAAAGAGGAAGACACCAUCUGGUUUCGGCCUGCCGAGCUGCAGGACGCCGGUCUGUACUCCUGCGUUCUGAGGAAUUCCACGUUUUGUAUGAAGGUGUCUAUGACUCUGUUGGUUGCUGAUAAUGAUACAGCAGGAUGUUAUAACUCAAAACUGCGCUACACUGAGAAAGGAGAACUGGGCAAGAGUAAAGACAUCUCCUGUCCUGAUAUCCAGGAUUACGUUCAACCUGGAGAAAAACCACAGAUAAUGUGGUACAAGGAGUGUAAUGUGCAGCAGUGGAGGAGCAGUGUGCUGCAGACCGCAGACAUGCUCUCCAUACAGGAAGUGAGGGAGGAUGACAUCGGCAACUACACCUGUGAGCUGGUUUUUGGAGGCUUCCUGGUGCGGAGGACGACCUAUCUGAGCGUGACAGCUCCUCUGACUGAAGAGCCCCCCAGGAUUCUGUAUCCCUCUGAAAACAAGCUUCUCACCAUGGACGUGCAGCUCGGAAGCAUGCUGAACCUGACAUGCAGAGCCUUCUUCGGGUACAGUGGGGACAUCAAUCCGCUUGUUUACUGGAUGAAAGGAGAGAAGUUCAUUGAGGAUAUGGACCAGAGUCGCAUUCGAGAGAGUGAAAUCAAGACCAUUAGAGAACACCUGGGUGAGCAGGAAGUGUCCAUUACUCUGACCAUAGAUUCACUGGAGGAGGUAGAUCUGGGUAAUUAUUCCUGUUAUGCGGAAAAUGGCAACGGGAGAAGACAAGCCAAUGUACAGAUUGGGAAACGAGUGGAGCUGAUGUACACCGUGGAGUUGGCUGGUGGACUGGGUGCAAUUCUUCUGCUAUUGGCUUUGUUAUUAUCUGUGUAUAAGUGCUACAGGAUCGAGCUGCUUCUCUGCUACAGGCAUCAUUUUGGAGGGGAGGAUACAGACGGAGAAAAUAAAGAGUACGAUGCGUACCUGUCCUACAGUAAGGUUGAGCUGGAUCAGUGGGGUCAGGAAUUACAGGAAGAGGAGCGCUUUGCUCUGGAGAUUCUCCCUGAUGUCCUGGAGAAACAUUAUGGAUACAAACUCUUCAUCCCUGACCGAGAUCUCAUUCCUACCAGCAGUAUGAGCAGUCAACAUUACCAGGAUGACACACAUCUUCUUAGAGCGUACAUAGAGGACGUGUCCCGCUGCGUAGACAUGAGUAAACGCCUGAUCAUCGUGCUGACUCCGAGCUACGUGCUUCGUCGCGGGUGGAGUAUAUUUGAGCUGGAAUCCCGUCUACGUAACUCUCUGGUUUCAGGGGACAUUAAAGUGAUCUUAAUCGAGUGUGCUGAUCUGCGAGGAGUCAUUAACUACCAGGACGUGGAGGAGUUAAAACAAUCCAUUAAAUGCCUGAGCGUGGUGCACUGGAACGGCCCGCAGAGCAACAAGCCCGGCUCGCGCUUCUGGAAGCAGCUCCGCUACACCAUGCCGUACCGCCGCCCCCAGCAUACCCUCACCAAUCACGCGCUGGAUGCCAGCGAACCCGGCCCCUUCGCCGACCUGCAGACCGUCUCGGCCAUCUCCAUGGCCACGGCCACUUCCGCUGCCUUGGCCCCAGCUCACCCCGAGCUGCGCCCGUCUCUGCGGAGCUCAUACCGCUCGCAUUCGCUGGCACGGCAGAAACACUCACACUACCGCAGCUAUGACUAUGAGCUGCCCUUCACAGCUGGAGGCACGCUGCCACCACAGCACACCUACUGCAACCUGCCCCUCACCCUCCUGAACGGCCAGCGGCCAGUCAACAACAAGACCCUGCGCCAACACAGCCUGGAUGAGCACCACGGCAACAACGCCAUGCUCCCCCUGCUGCCCAGAGAGACAAGCAUCUCGAGCGUCAUCUGGUAAACACAGAGAAUUCGAAACACACCCAGAUUGGGCCGCCUGGCACAUGGUGGAAUAAAUAAGCUGGCAUAAAGCACAGGACAAAUGAGAUUAGUGGUUUCCUGUGAUCAGAAUGAUUGUUCUGUCCACGCUAAGUGGGUCUGAGGAUGUGAGUCUUUUGAGCAUUGAUCCAGCGGUGAGGGACGAAAUAGUGCCGUACCUGUAGGUGUGAACUGAGCAUAUAAAGUCACACCACAUGGAGGUAUACAGGGUCUCGUGUAGAUGUUAGCAUUAUAUUUGUAGCACCGCUGUCUUCCUGUCUCCAUGUUCGGUUUGAUCACACCAUCUAUUUUUACUUGUUAAUGCUUGAUGCUUUUGUGUUGUCCCUUCCUCUUUUUUUUAGGUUUGAAAUGGACAUUUGAUUGAGAUUUUUUGUUUUUUCAACCUUCUUUGGAAAUGGACUAAAAUACUCCUCAUUGGAUUUUAGCUACUGUCGUUUUCCUUGGAAGCUACUGCGUUUUGUUCCAUCCCUCUUUCUGUUGUCCGAUGUAAGGUAUGUAUUUAUGGUUUUAAUUGCAAAAUUUUCAAGAAGGAAAUAUAUUACAAAUUAUGCAAAAUAUAUACGAAAGCCUAAAGGGGUCGACAGAGGUGAUCAGAGAGCAGUGAUGUCUUCUUUUACAAGAGGAACAGCACCAUUUCACAGAGUC